UCUGGGCUCGGAUCAAGGUGUUGGCAGGCUGCGGUUUUUUUUUUUUCUUUCUGGAGACUCUCAGUGAGAAUCUGUUUGCCUUUUCCAGCUUCUAGGAGCCGCCCGCAUUCCUUGGCUCUCUCUGCUGCUUCUUCCACGGUCACAUUUCCUUCUGCCUCUUGCCUCUUCUGUGUUCUCUUCUGCUUGCAAGGACCCUUGUGAUUGGAUUGGGCCCUCUUGGAGAAUCCAGAAUAAUCUCCCUAGUUUAAGGUCAGCCAAUCGGCAACUUUUAUUCCAUCUGCAACCUUAAUUCCUCCUUUGCCAGGUAAGGGGACACAGUCACAGGUUCCAGAGAUUAGGAGGUGGGCUUUGGGAGGGGGGAGCAUUGUUCUGCUUAUCUCUCCUGUCGUCAGGGAGCCCGGGCUCCACAAGGGAGAUAAAAGCAAUGUGGGAACCUCCGUGAGCACCCAGAAAAGUGGCCUCCUGCGCCAGCUGGGGUGGCAGUGGGAGGUCUGAGAAAGUCUCCUGGAAGAGAUGACAGCUGACCUGGGUCUUGCAGGAGGAGGAGUUAGCCUGGUGGGAAUGGACAUGGAAGGCCUCCCCAGAGGAAGGAACAGCAUGUGCGAAGCCCUGGAGGACUCCCCAUCCCUGGACACAGCCAUCCAGCACGCCCUGGCAGGCCUCUAUCCCCCUUUUGAAGCCACAGCUCCCACCAUCCUGGGUCAGGUGUUCCGUCUCCUGGAUUCUGACUUCCAGGGCGAUGGGCUGAGUUUCCUCCUGGAUUUCCUGAUCCCUGCCAAGCGUCUGUGUGAACAAGUGCGUGAAGCAGCCUGUGCCCCCUACUCACACUGCCUGUUCCUGCACGAGGGCUGGCCAUUGUGCCUGCGAGAUGAGGUUGUGGUCCACCUGGCACCCCUCAAUCCCCUCUUGUUGCGCCAGGGUGACUUCUACCUCCAAGUUGAGCCCCAGGAGGAGCAAUCCGUUUGCAUCAUGAUCAAGUGCCUCUCUGUGGACCUCCGCACAGUGGACACGAAGCCUGUUCCUAUGUCAGCCUAUGCUAUGCUUUUCACCCAAGCCUGGCUGGAGGCCAUCAACAGUGACUUUGAAGGAGGUCCCCUCCACAAUUGCUUGGUAGCUUCAGAAGAUGGGGUAGUCUCUGUGCCCUGGACCAAGAUAGCCAGCCCAGAGUUUGUGGAUGACAGACCCCAAACAGAGAAUGUCCUCUCCCCAGCCUGGGGGUCCCUUCAAUUAGAGGCACUGGAUUUGAGCAGCUCUCAAGAGCUGCACCAGGCCAGAUCCCCAGGCAGCCAGGUGCUGCUCACCCGGAGUUUGGCCAAGGGCAAGAGCAGGACGCGUGGGAACAAGUACCCAGGACUCAUCAAGGUGGAGCCAGCUGGGCCUGGGGAGGUGGCCUUCAGGAUGGACGACGUCACCAGCCAGGACUUGGAGGGAGAUUAUGUGGCUCUCGUGGACUUUUCCCAGGAGAGCAGAGGAGGGUCUCCCAUUCAGGAGGUGGGCACAUCCAAUGGGUACCCUUUGGGGGCACUGGAGGAGCUAGCUGGAACUAAGGAGAUCCCUUUCUGUGAAAGGAUGCUGCCUCUCUCAUGGGCCAAAGGGGGGUCUUCCUUGGAAAAAUGGGCUUGUGAGAAGCCAGAAAGCUUGGAAGAGGAACUCUGCGUUUGGGGCUUGAGGAGAAAGCCUAAUGAUAAAGUUCCCACGCAAGACUCAGAACACCAGCCCCAAGACCCCUACCUCCACGUCCUUGUAAACCCACUGCAUUGUGUCUCUGGCCUCGGGGCAGGUGUCUCAGAAGAGCCAGCUGCCACCAAGACACAGAGACUCCUGGGUAACCCAGAGAGUAUGGUCCAGCUCAGGCCUAAACCAAAACAAGCAUCCUCUCCCCGGCUGCGCCCGGCUUCUCCUUGUCCUGCUCCAGCCCCUGAAAACAGGAUGGAAGACAGGACCAAACAGGGAAGGGGGAGACUUCCCAAGCCUGUGACCAGCCCAGGUCAAAACACCUCCUCCUGCAGGUCCCCCACAUCUCGGCCCAAAUUCUCAUUCUUAAAGGGGUUGAGGCAAGCUGCUGUGCCCACCGAGAAAGCCUCACUCCAGCCCGAUGGGCCCUGGAAGAUCUUGUGUUCGCUCUACUCUCCCAAACCCAGCCGAGACCGGUGCUUGGGGAAAGCUGGAACAACUCAGACCAAAACAUCUGGCCCAGACGCUGACUCAGACCCACUGACAGAGGAAAAGACUGGCUUCCCAGAGGCUUCUGCAGACCCUCCAGAAAAAAGCCCCGCUCUGGAUGAGGAACCACCAGGGCUUGAGCCCAGGAUUGGGGCUCUGAGCGUGGAGAUCCUCCAUUCCAGGAUAGCAUCCCUGCCAGGCGGCCGGGACAGGGCGGGGCGGCCUCUGCUUCUGGUGUCGACCAGCAACGGCCUCUGGGAGGCGCCAUGGUGCACGGCCUCAGAGGUCGCCAAGCUGUUCUCCUGCCUGUGCACCAUCCCCAGGCCUGAAGAUAAAACCCAGGGGCUGGCAGUCGUGAUCGAUGCCAGGAAACAGCCCCCACAUCCUGGUCUGGUCAGUGCCCUGCAGGCCACCCAGGCUCUCAUCCCAACCUCCAUCGGUGCUUUGCUCUUCCUGGGGGAGAAGGAGGCUGCUCUCCAGCUGGAGGCGUUACCUGGCAUCCAGGUAGAGGUGCUGCCCUCACUGAAGGCCCUCAGCCACCACGUGGACCCCAGCCAGCUGCCCACGGCCCUGGAAGGCCCCUUCCCCUACUGCCCCAGCGAGUGGGUGCAAUUCUUCCAGAAGCUGGAUCCUUUCCUUGCUGAUCUCCGGAGGGCCUCCUCCUUGCUAAAGGCGUCCAUCAAGGAGUUGGAGAAGGGUGACCCCCCUGGAGGGGUGCAGGAGGCUGCCAGGUGUCUGAGCAAGUCCAAGGAGCUGAUGGAGGCCGUGCUGAGGGACCCAGGCCUGCUGAGCCUCCAGCGCGAAGGCGGAGCCACCCUGGCCCAGCUGCAGCAGGAGGGCAGCAGGCUCAACUUCAACCCAGACGUCAGGAGCCAUCUGGCUGAAGCCACUGCCCUGUACAGCCUCGUGGACGAGCAGCUGCAUGUCCUCGUCACCGUAUCCAACCACCUCCUGAGGAGGCUGGGGCUCCGUGUCCGCCUGGGCCGCCUGGAAGCCGCCAUCCACCAGGUCAGCAACUGGAUGGAGCAGGAGGGAAGCCAGUACCUGCAAGUGCUGACCCCCAAGGACGGAAGCCUGGAGACAGUGGAGAAGAACCACGCCAUGUUUGAGGACUUCUUCCUGCAGGCUGCGGCCCAGUACCGCCGUGGCCUGGAGCUGUCCAAGCAGGCGGCCCAGCUGGAAGCUGCAGCCAGAGGGGCCGGGGAGGCAGGAGGAUCAGAGCUCCCGGAGCUGGCGGCCUUCGCCUUCACCCAGCGGGCCUUCCAGGCUAAGCUGACCCACUUCUACAUGGCAGCCGAGAGGCAGCGCACGGACCUGGAGACGCUGCUCCACCUCCACCGCUUCUGCAAGAAGGUGACCUGGUUCCACAUGGACUGCCAGGACCUGAUGACACAGCUCAGGCUGGGCAAGGCCCAGAGAGCCAGCCCUGGGGACCAGCGUCGCCUCCACCGCUACCUGCAGCGCCUGGCGUCCGAGUUCCCGGCCGAGAAGCUCACGGCCAUGGGGCUGCAGGUGGCCUCACUGAGCCAGGAGGGCCUGGGCCAGGACCUGUGGGAGGAGGCCCGGGAAAGACACGAGGAGAUCCAGACCCUCCUAAAGAAGGCACUGGCCCGCUGUCCCUGCCCGACGGGUCCCCCUGUCCUCCCAGCACGCCUGGAAGUCCGAGAGGCGGCUGCCAAGCGCCAGGGGCCGAAUGGAGAAGUCACUCCCGAGGGAGGACGGGGCCUGCCCCUCCCGGACUCACCAGGCCUGGAUCGUUCGGCCAAAUCCUAUUGGCCUCCUUGGGCCCCCAGACGGGGGCAGAACAGAAAUGUCCAAGCGGCCCCUCCGCCCCAGGAAGCUGGCCAGGCUCUCGAGGCUGAUGGAGGCAAAAGCCCCCACGGGCCCCUGGAUCCUGCCCCUGAGGGUUUUCUCACCACCCUCUUCUCCUGGCAGCGGCUCCCCAGGCAGAGUCGGGGCCCCCACGCUGCCGGGGGCAGCUUCUCCUCUGAGGGGACAGGCUCACUGACGUCUCUGGAGGACUCACCCCACACAAGUCCCCCUGCGUCCCUCUAGCCAGGGGUUCCCGUCAAUCACAUCAGACUCUGGGGUCGGAGGGGUUGUGGGGGGUGCUGCUAGAUGGAGCUGGGGCACCCGGGAUGACCAGGACAUGACUGAGUUCGGCCUCCCUGAGCUCAGAGGACGAGAACCCACGCCUACUCCUGGGCCCAAGGAAGCUCCGGGAAGACCCGACUCUCACACGUUCAGAAAAGUGAGCGUGGCGGGCAGAGCUGGACCACUCGAGCGUGGGACUGGCUCCCAGACCCUGGAGUCCCAUCGUGGAAAGAGCUGUUGGGACAGGCUCUUCCACAGGCCUCCGACUUAGGCAGGCCGAACCCCCUGCUGGGGUUCAGGGGUACACAAGCUCCCCCCGAGGGCCCGAGGGGCAGAGUUGACUUUGUAUAGAACCUGGGGUGGGGUGACUUGGGAGUGGCUUUUGUCUUAAGGUCCUACGAAACAGACCCUUGACAAGGGUUCAAGUGCACGUUUAUUUGGCAGGGAUCCCAGGAACCACUGGCGGAGGAGCCGGGAGGCGAGUCGGGAAAGGAAUAAAGGGUGUGCUGUCAAGAGAA